UGACUCAGCGCUCGAAUACAAGACUGUGAGUCAGAUCAAGACCUUGAAAAUGAAUUGGUAAGAACGAGGGAGCCAGAGAGAAAAAAUAUGAGCCAGUUUUUAACUUUUACUGAACUCAACCUUCAAAUAUUGCAAUGAAUGGAGGAACGAGGUCGGAGGAUAAAUCUAACGGUGGUGUCAUCUGCAAAAAGAUGGAUUUGAUAAUCUGACGACAGAGAGUGCUGCUGCAACGGCUGGUGCUUGGAGUCAACAUGCAGAUGAUUGCACUCCUCCCUUUCCUUCCACCUUCUUUGCUCAGCACCUUUAUUUAACAUUUGUACCAUUUUAGUGAUCUUACGACGAGCUGGAAGUCAUCUGGACGUAUUGGUGGAACUGGACUAAAGGACUGUCCUUUUUACCGGAUUCUGCAACCGCUGAGAUUUCUACCUCCGGAAUUCUAUUGGGUGUAUGCGCUUGUCUGUUUGUGAGUGUGUGUAUGUGUAUUAGUUGUGCGUGGAUGUGAUUUGUCUGCCUUGAUGUGUUCAUAACUAUUUCUAUGUUCUUGAGGUUGUGAUUUACUUUCCCAUUUUUUUUUCCAAUGUCUGGCUUUGCUGGCCAGCGUUUCGCCUUGUGCUGUCCAUGUCUGCCGAGUGCCCGGCCGUGGGGUUAACCCUUACCGUGCCACAGGCGAGAUGAGUGACAGCUCUGGAACAGUGAACAACUCGGGGGCUAUGGUACUGGAGGAGCCCGAUGGAAGAGGUGGCUCCGGUGGACGUGAACAAGCCCAGGCCCCUGCUCGUGGUGGCAUUUUAAGGUGUGGGAGCUGUGCCCUUUGGCCCCGCCAACAGACUUGGCUCUGCGUGGUUCCGCUUCUCAUUGGCUUCAUAGGCCUAGGGCUCAGUCUGAUGCUGCUGAAAUGGAUCGUAGUGGGUUCUGUGCGGGACUACGUGCCUACUGACUUGGUGGAUGCCAAGGGAAUUGGCCAGGACCCCAUCUUUCUGUCCAAGCCUAGCACUUUUCCUAAGGGAUCUGACACCACCACCACCACAACCACUAUUGGAGGGGUCAGCUCGGCCAGCCCCACCGUCACCACUGUGGUGCGGAGCAGGACUCGAACGGGAACUCCUCCGAACGUUCCCCCUAGGGGUGGUGGUGCAUCCGGAAGCCAGGUGACGCAGAAGAGCCCUUCUACACGCUUUGUCACACGUAAUCCCACCUUUACGACCACCGUGGCCUCUACCACAACGUCUACUGUCCAUACGUCCACCUCCAGCCCCUCUCCCUCCAACCCUGCCGUUCUAAACGACUCCACCCAAAUGUGGACCAGAGAGCAGUCAUCCACUGAGAGGCACGUGACCAAGCCUGGUCAAACCCACGUCAGCCGCAAGACACCAUCACCAACUCUACCGCCUUUGAAAUCGGAGCAUUUCAAGCCAUGUCAGGAGAAAGACCUGGCCUAUUGCCUGAAUGACGGGGAGUGCUUUGUCAUCGAGACCCUGAGCGGCCCACACAAACACUGCAGGUGUAAAGAGGGUUUCCAGGGCAUUCGCUGUGACCAGUUCCUGCCCAAGACUGAUUCCAUGCUGUCUGACCCAAGUGAGUGCACUUGCAAUUUGCUUGAAUAAAUCAGAUGCAUGUAAAUGUAUACAUUUUUACUCUGCUGUGUCUG